AGCGCCACUGCAAAGAUGAAGCUGGCGAACUGGUGCUGGCUGAGCUCAACUGUCCUUGCUACAUAUGGUUUUUUGGUUGUGGCAAACAAUGAAACAGAAGAAAUUAAAGAUGAAGCAGCCCAGAAUGCCUGCCGGGUGAGACUAGAAAGCAGAGGGAGAUGUGAGGAGGAAGGCGAAUGUCCCUACCAGGUGAACCUGCCCCCGCUGACUAUUCAGCUCCCCAAGCAGUUCAGCAGGAUCGAGGAGGUGUUCAAAGAAGUUCAGAAUCUCAAGGAAAUUGUAAAUAGCUUGAAGAAGACUUGCCAAGACUGCAAACUGCAGGCUGAUGACAAUCGAGACCCAGGAAGAAAUGGAUUGCUGUUACCAGGCGCAGGAGCCCCAGGAGAAACUGGGGACAGCAGAGUGAGAGAAUUAGAGAGCGAGGUGAACAAACUGUCCUCUGACCUUAAGAAUGCCAAGGAGGAGAUCGAUGUGCUUCAGGGUCGCCUGGAGAAGCUGACUCUUGUAAAUAUGAACAACAUAGAACAUUAUGUUGAUAGCAAAGUGGCAAACCUCACAUUUGUUGUCAAUAGUUUGGAUGGCAAGUGUUCAUCUAAGUGUCCCAGGCAAGAACAAAUACAAUCACUCCCAGUUCAACAACAUCUUAUAUAUAAAGAUUGCUCUGAAUACUACACUAUAGGCAAAAGAAGCAGUGAGCUCUAUAGAGUCACACCGGAUCCCAGAAACAGUAGCUUCGAAGUUUUCUGCGACAUGGAGACCAUGGCGGGAGGCUGGACAGUGCUGCAAGCACGUGUUGAUGGAAGCACCAACUUCACCAGAACAUGGCAAGACUACAAAGUAGGCUUUGGAAACCUCAGAAGAGAAUUUUGGCUGGGGAACGAUAAAAUCCAUCUUCUGACUAAGAGUAAGGACAUGAUUCUAAGAAUAGAUCUUGAAGACUUUAAUGGUGUCAAACUCUAUGCCUUGUAUGAUCACUUUUAUGUGGCCAACGAGUUUCUCAAAUACCGUCUACACGUUGGUAACUAUAAUGGCACAGCUGGAGAUGCCUUACGUUUCAGUAAACAUUACAACCACGACCUGAAGUUUUUCACCACCCCGGAUAGAGACAAUGAUCGAUACCCCUCUGGGAACUGUGGGCUCUACUACAGUUCAGGCUGGUGGUUUGACGCCUGUCUUUCUGCAAACUUGAAUGGCAAAUAUUAUCACCAAAAAUAUAGAGGUGUCCGAAAUGGGAUUUUCUGGGGUACCUGGCCUGGCAUAAGUGAGGCACAACCUGGUGGUUACAAGUCCUCCUUCAAAGAAGUCAAAAUGAUGAUCAGACCCAAGCACUUUAAGCCAUAAAUCACUAAUGCUAAUUCUUCUGGGUAUUCAUUACCCAAUAAGGCAAUUAAUUCCUUCAGCACUUUGGAAUAUGUUUCAAACUCCUUUUCCAUGGCUUAAAAUUUAUCUCUGAGCAAUGGGUUCUUAUGCCACAUAGCAUUUGAAAUAAAACUGAAAAAUAUGCCUUUU